UGUAGGCCGCGGUGCGGCGGUGUCCAGUCCUUCGCUGCGACCGGGGCCCUGGGAGCUGCUUUCGGAGCUGCUGCUCCUCUCGGUCCGGGAGCGGGGGGCAGGGUGUCGGGACAAUGCGGGGCGGAGAGCCGCUGGGGCGAGCCGGGCUGGCGCUGCUCCUCAUGGCCGCCGGGGCGGGGGCGAGGCCGCGGCCCGCCGCUCCUGGGGGCCAGCCCCGGUCCAGCGUGGUGCUGGUGACCUGCGACUCCUUGGAUGGACGCUUGACGUUUUUUCCAGGAAAUCAGACUGUGGAUUUACCAUCCGUAAAUUUUAUGAAAAGAUAUGGCGCUGUCUUUCUCAAUGCCUAUACCAAUUCUCCAAUUUGUUGUCCUUCGCGUGCAGCUAUGUGGAGUGGUCUUUUCACCCAUUUAACAGAAUCUUGGAAUAACUUCAAAGGUCUAGAUCCAGAUUACAUAACAUGGAUGGAUCUCAUGGAGCAGCAUGGCUACCACACACAGAAGUUUGGGAAAUUGGACUAUACUUCUGGACAUCAUUCAGUUAGUAACCGUGUGGAAGCUUGGACUAGGGAUGUUCACUUCCUGCUCCGGCAAGAAGGGAGACCCAUGGUAAAUCUUACAGGUGAUAGGAAGCGGGUUAGAGUGAUGGAAGCAGAUUGGCGGAAUACUGAUAAAGCAGUAAACUGGAUAAAGGAAGAAGCUAUUAACCUUACUCAACCAUUUGUUCUUUACUUGGGACUAAAUUUACCACACCCAUACCCAUCACCCUAUGCAGGAGAAAAUUUUGGAUCCUCUACAUUUUUAACAUCUCCCUAUUGGCUUGAAAAGGUAAAUUAUGAAUCUAUUAAAAUACCCAAGUGGUCUUCUCUCUCUGAGAUGCAUCCAGUAGACUAUUACUCAUCGUACACCAAGAAUUGCACAGGAGAGUUUACAGAGGAAGAAGUGAGAAAUAUUAGAGCAUUUUAUUAUGCUAUGUGUGCAGAGACAGAUGCCAUGCUGGGUGAGAUUAUUUCAGCUCUGGGAGAUACAGGGCUUCUUAGAAAAGCAGUCGUUAUAUUCACUGCAGACCAUGGAGAACUUGCUAUGGAACAUCGUCAGUUCUAUAAAAUGAGCAUGUAUGAAGGAAGUUCCCAUGUUCCUCUUUUAGUUAUGGGGCCAGGUGUAAAAGAACAGCAGGAAAUACCAAAUGUAGUAUCUCUUGUGGAUAUAUAUCCUACUAUGCUUGAUAUAGCAAGAAUUCCUGUCCCACAGAACCUCAGUGGAUAUUCUCUUAUACCGCUGCUCCAUAAAAAGACUGAGAGUGAAGUGUCGCCAAGAGGACCUCGACCCUCUUGGGUGCUGAGUGAGUUCCAUGGGUGCAAUGUGAAUUCUUCUGUGUAUAUGCUGCGAACUGGCAAAUGGAAAUAUAUCGCGUACUCGGAUGGCUGUUCAGUACUGCCACAACUAUUUGGGGCACUUAAUCCAAGAAGGCAUUGAAGGAGCAAAGAAACAGCUGAAUGUCUUAAACCCAAAGAGGACAAUUUCGUUCAUCUGCCAGAAGGCAAACCAGUAAACCUUAAUGAUUCAACAAAACCAUGUGGUUUUUUUUCAUCUCCUGGAGCUCUUUGUACUAGCAUGUAUCAUGCAUCAUUUGAUAUAUGAUACUUGUGUGUGUGUGUACUGGGUCUGGCUGGGAUGGAGUUAAUUUUCUUCAUAGCAGAUCUUAUGGUGCUGUGUUUCAGAUUUCCAAUGAAAACAGUGAACGUAACAUACUGUUUUAGCUAUUUCUGAAUGGUCCUGGCACAGCAUCAAAGCCUUCUCUGUUUCUUGCUCUGCUCCCCCAGUGAAUAGAUUAGGGCUGUGCAAGAUGUUGGGAGGGGACACAACUAAAAAAAUACCCUGAACUAACCGGAGCUAUUCCAUGCUAUAUAAUGGUCAUGCUGAGCAAUAAAAUAGAGAAGAGAGGAUUUAGGGAGAUUGGCCCUGUUUUGUUUGGGAAUCCUUCCCCUUUCCUUUCCUCUUCCCCUUUCCCCUUCCCCUUCCCUUCCCCUUAGUUUAUUAAUUUAUUUUUUUUCUUGACCUACAAAUGCUCUUGCUUUUAUCUUGAUAUUCUUCUUUCCCUGUCCCACUCACUGCAGGGGUGUGGGAGAAGUGAGCAAGUAGCUGUAUUAUACCUAACUGCCUGUCAGCAGAACAUGUGUAGCUAAUUGGGAUUGGAACUGAAUGCUAAAACCAUACACAAUGAUUUAAAUUUGUUUAUGUUACGUGAUCAUUUAACCAGUCAUGCAAAAAAGAGAAGGCUAUUUUAGAGCUUUAAGGAAAACUCGUGCAUCCAAAUGCUAACGAUCAUUUAGAGAUCUUAGCACAUGUGGAACAAGACCAAAGGUAGUUGUCACCUUUUCUGCCCCUGAGUGUGCAGAGUUAAAAAAUUCAGUGAAGACUGUCAGGAUUUCAGACACAAUUUUAUGUCUUUCUUCCAUUCACAUUGUAGGUAGCACCUUAGAAAUUUUUUAUAUUGAUGGAGUCAAAAAUACACCUGUGAUGGAGGAUGCCAAUGAUUUGAUAACAGAAACAAGAAAAAUUCACAAUAGUUCCUAUUUUUGAUAUCUUGUAGAGUUGUCAUGGUUGUAGCUCUCAUUUUAAUCGGAAUUAUUUCUUAUAGUUUUAAUUGAAAUAGAGGAAAUGACUGUUACUCAUUGAGUUACUGGAAUGUGAGAUACUUCUGCCUAGUUGAUUGUGCAUAUGACAACACAUAACUCUGUGUAGUUGCCUUCUGAGGAAGUGUUUCAUGGAAGUUCGGGAAGUGAAAGUUAGGGAGAAAGGUGGUACAUUGCAAGAAUUCACACUUAAAGGAUGCAGAGCUAGUAUAACUACUUCUGCUUUCUGGCCUCUAAGGCAGAGGAGGUAAGUAAAGGCAACUGAAUUUUGGUUACUGUUAGCAGCUGCCUAGAUGAGGAAAAAUUCUGGAUUGUUCACUAUACUGACAGCGAAAUGAGUGACUUCAGGUUGAAGUUUAAGUGUAAGGCACAGAAAAAUCCUGUCAGCCCUCUGCACUAAGUGCAGGUCAGAUCCAAAUUUUUGGCUGUAGAUCAGUGACAGUCUUUGGGAAUUAAGUUUUAGCAGUUAGGGGUGGCUGGAAAAAUGGAAAUAUUGCACCUAUUUUUAAAAAGGGUAGGACGUAGUACCCUGGGAGUACAUCUGUUCCAGUGCCUCACCACCCUCACAAUGAAGAAUUUUGUCAUAAAAUGUAUUCUAAACCUACAUGCUUGUCUUAUCACAUGCCCUCAUAAGACUCUGGCCUCAGGGAGCUGCCAGCUCAUGGGCUUGGCUAGGAGUUUUCCUUAAAUUUAUAGAUAUAAGGUUCUUUAAUACCUCAAGAUAAGCCACGUGCUUGUUCCCAAGGGAUUUCUUUAUUAAGUUAGGGGAGCAAAUAAGGGAACUUGGUCAAAGUUCAAAAGGACACCACACAAGCUAGACAAAAAUGUUCCACCACAAUACUAACUCGGCAUACACUAUUAAUCCACAACACUUAAGGCAAAAUCCAACCAGUUCCACAACACUUACAUCAAGAUCCAAUCCCUCCAGCUCCAAGCCACCCUAAACAUCAAGAAAGGAGCAAAGAAACAGAAGCAGAGGAGCAAGAAGAGAGAAGGAGAGAAGGGAGAGAUAGCUGCCACUGAAGCCUUGUAGAAGACUGGCUCGCACAAGUCCAAGUGGCAGGGCUGCAACAUGAGGCAAACACGUGCCUGUGUUUUUAUCUGCUCUGGUGUCUAUGGCCAACCCCUCCAGAUGGGGUUUCUGACCCACCAGCCACUCUGGGGUUCUAGGCCAGGGUGAGGGGCAGUGUUCUCACCAUCCCUGCCAAUCUGAGGCUGGGUUAGGGGCUCCAGGAGUUGUGGUGUGUUAUAGUUUGCCCAGGCUUUUGUGACUGACGGCUAUUCCGGAGUUUCCCCAUGUCAGUUCCAGGGGCCUACCAUGAGGGAUAUGACGCCACCCCACCUCCGUGAGGAUCGACCCAUCCCUUCCCCCUCCACACCACCCCCUGCCCCAAGGUGGUUCUGACCCAGUAAUAACUGAUGUCUAACUGCCCUUCUAAAAACUCCCUCUCCUGUUCUCUUGUAGCCCCCUUUAUGUAUUGGAAAGUGCUAGAAAGUCUCCCUGGAGCCUUCUAUGCUCCAGGCUCAACAGUCCCAACUCUCACCUCCUAAAGCUAAGCUAAGGCACAUGGACGAUAAGGAGGUCAUCCAAGACAGCCAUCACAGCUUCACCAAGGGCAACUCCUGCCUGACCAAUCUAGUGGCCUUCUACAGUAGAGUGAUCACAUUAGGAGGCAAGAAUUUGAUAGGUGGACUCUUUGGUGGAUGAGGAAUUGUUUGGAUGGUUGCAUCCAGAGGGUAGUAGUCAACAGCUCAAUGUCCAGAUGGAGGUCAGUGACAAGUGGUGUCCCUCAGGGCUCAGUAUUCAAAAUCUUCACCAAUGACAGACAGUAAGAUUGAGUGCACCCUCAGCAAUUUUACACGACAUAAUCUUCAUGGUCCAGCUGACACACCUGAGAGACAGGAUACCAUCCAGAAGGACCUGGAUAAGCUUGAGAAAUGUGCCAAUGGGAACAUCAGGAAGUUCAACAAGGCCAAGUGCAAGAUGAUGCACCUGGGUUGGAGCAACACCCAAUCUCCAUAUAGGCUGGGGGAUGAACAGAUCGAGAGCAGCUCUGCUGAGAAGGACUUUGGUGAAUGAGAGCCUGGACAUGAGCCAGCAAUAUGAGCUUGCAACACAGAAAGCCAGCCACAUCCUAUGCUGCAUCAAAAGCAGAAUGACCAGCAGUUGUUAAGGGAGGUGACUCUGCACCUCUACUCUCCUCUAGUGAGAGAGGUACCUGGAGUACUGCAUCCAUUUCUGGGGGCCUCAGCACAGGCAAGACCAGUUGGAGUGUGUCCAGAGAAGGCCACAAAGAUAUUCUGAGUAAUGGAACAGCCCUCCUAUGGGGAAAGACUGAGAGAGUUAGAGUUCAGCCUUGGAGAAGGAAGGUUCUGGAGGGGCCUUUCUGACACUUUCAAUAUUUUGAGCCGGGCUAUAAGAAAGAUGGGGACAAAUUUUUUGUCCACUCCUGUUGCAAUAGGAAAAGGGGUAAUGGUUUCAAACUAGAGGAGUCUGGUGAGACCAGCUUUCCCAGAGAGGUUAUGGAUGCUCCAUCCCUGGAAACAUUCAAAAUCAGGUUGGACAGGGCUCUGAGAAACCUAAUCUACUUAAAGAUGUUCCUGAUUGAUUACUGGGGGUUUGGAGGAGAUGACCUUUAAAGGUGACUUCCAAGUCCAACCAUUCUGUGAUUCUCAGAAUAAUACAUCAACAUUUUAGUAGAUAUUGAGUAUUUGUUAUGUUAUUGAGGCCCUUACCACUCUGAAAUAUUUGCAUAGAUAAAUAGAAGUGGUACUGUGAAAAUGAAAAGUGAUUUGGAAAAUAUUUGUAAAAAUUGUAUAGUAGGUAUAUAUAUAUAGUGUAUAUGCAGUGUGUGUGCUUCUAAAUCUACCCCCCACAGGAUAGCUCUAUGGGAAUUCUCUGUUGUGGGCACUGUCAACCUGCUAGGGCUUUAAUUCAUAAUGUUUUAACUUGCUGCCAAUCUCAUAGGGUGUUUGGGAAAAGGCCUUGAUCAACUAAGCAGUCCUUAUAGCUGUGCAGGACUCAAACCAAAACUUGAUUAUUUGUAUGAAUUGCUCAUUAGUGGCAAAGGUAGAAGGGAAACACAAAUCUUGAGGAAGAAAAGAAUGACUACUACAAAACUAUUUAUUAGAAUAAGCAGAAUUAUGUUGCUAUGGUUGUUUAUAAAUUUAACUCUCCACAGACACUGACAGAUUUAUUCUAACCAUUGUCUGGACAUUUUAAGCCUUUCUUAUAGGAAAAUAUUAAAAUUAAAUUAACCUACCUGCUGUCAGGUAUACUUACAAAAAACCCCAACCCAAUCCAAGAACAUGAAACACAACAAAGAAAUUCAAUCAAACUCCCCCUUCACCCCUCCCAAAGACCCUCCUUCCCCCAAACCACAAAACCUACCAAGAACAAUUUAAUGGACUCCUACUUGAUGCAUGUUGAAAAUCUGUACAACAAUUUUGAGGAAAGUGAGUUACUUUUUUUCCCUGCUUCAGAACUGAUUGGUGAUGGGAGAGUUUUUUUCAAACUUUUUUCUCCCUGGUGUAGGGAGGCGUACUUGAGAAUAUAGCAAUGUCAGGCUCUUACUUUUUAUUUUACUCUUAUGGAAGAGUAAAUAAUAGCCAUGCUUGUCAACAUAUUGUAUUGUUGAGAACUCCUUUUAAAAAAAAUAUUAAUUGUGAUAUUGUAGCUAAGAUCAUAGCUGUGUUUUAAAAUUAUUUUUUAUCAGUACUGUUGUGGUUUGGAACUGGCUUCCUGCCAAGUCUCCAACACCACAGUAAAAGCUUCCUCCCCAAAAAAACCAAGGGAAAAGAGAGAAAAAAAAAAACCAAGAGACCUGAAAUAAGAGAGCUAAAGCAAUAUAUAAAUAUAUUUACAAUUCCAUUACAUUUAUAUACAGUAACAAAGACUAUAUACACAUGAGAAAGAAACCCCCAACACCCCCAAAGGGAAAGGGAAAAGGGACAAAACAAAAAAAAACAUAAAAACACAUAUACACACUCAAUAAAGAACUAGCCAAAGAAAAUCUUAAUACUUUCCUCGAGAUAGCACAAUCGCACCAAACACCACCACCACGCUACCAGACCCCGGAUCGGCAGAAACAACAGGCCCCAUAGGCCCGACCAGGCCUCAGCUCCCCCACAGGAGCGAGACCGGCUGCCGGAGUCUGCUGUCUCCAAACCUCGCCGGAAGAGAAGAGAGGAAGAGGCUUCUCUCUCUGUCUAUUUAUAUGUUUGAUUACGUGAAGGAAUAGGAUGGAAUACUUCCUUCCUUCCUUCCUGGUUGCCAGGAAGGAAGGCCUAGACUCAAAACCAUUACAGGCACUUUCAUGUGUUUGUUGCAGAAAUCCCAGCUGGUUGUCUUAGUAACACUACUCUGUAGCAGCAAAUGAAUGCUACUUCCUGAGAUUCCUUUUAUCAUUUGGUUUAAAAACACUGUGCUUGAGAGUGAAGAACAGUAGCAACAGGAAAACUUGAGAAAUGUGGUUUACUCACAGCUCUUACCAGAAGUAUGAAAUGUGUACACAGUAAAGGAAUAAAGUGUUCUUUGCAUGUUUACCUUCAAGUUAGAGGAAAUGGAAUUGCAUUCAUUUGACUAAGCAUAUCUAUCUCGUAUGCUUAGCAGAUGUUAAAAUGCAACAUGCCUUCACAUCUGGAAAAUGUGAAGGUACAACAUGCCCAGACAAAUAGUCUGCAAUAGUUAUAUAUACAGGUUUAUUGUGUGCCUACCUACAUUCAAAAUUUGGAGCCUUACUGGAAACAGAUAUAUGUACUUUUGGAAGAGAUUCUUUACUGUGAGGUUGGUGAAGCACUGGAUCAUGGUGCCCAGAGAAACUGUGGAUGCCCCAUCCCUGGAGCAACCUGGUCUACUGAAAGAUGUCCCUGCGCAUAACAGGGGUGUUGGAACUAGAUUAUCUUUAAGGUCUCUUACAAUCCAAACCAUUUUAUGAUCCUAUGACCCUAUAUGGAACCUGUAUUGAGUUGGUAUCCUUUUUACUUUAGAACAGAUUUCCUAUGUGUAAUAGACUCAAAUGGUUAAUGGCUUAAACAUUGUUAAGAUCACAAAAAGACUUUUGUCCACUGUAGCAACCUGCAAAGAAACAACUGCUCAUGUACAGAAGCCCAUCCCUCCCUGAAUAUGCCCACUAAUUUGGACUGUGAAAGGACCUUAAAGUAAGAUAAGGGGUACUAUUGUCCAGCUAUCCCAGGUGCAUACCUGAAGCUACAAACUGAAUUUCCAGAUAAGAGGCCGAUAAGAGGCAAAUCCUUCAAGGUGGGAUAGUCCUUCUUAUCGUGCCAAUGUUCUCCCUUACGUGAUGACUCAGCUGUGAAAACCCCUCCUGGGAACACCAAAGACAUUCACACCUAGCCUGAGCUAUUCACCUCAGAUGAUGGAUCACACUGGGCCAUGAUUGAUUCAAUUAUGUUGAUGUAUUAGAUACAACAUCUUAGAAGGUGUGAAAGACUCAUGAAAUGUCCCACUGUCCAGUAUUACAUUAUCCAGGGUAGGUACAGGAGGCAUUUCCACCUAGCCUCCACACAAUAUAAACUCCACCACUCCUUGCAGGUACAGUCUGCAGCCACCAAGAAGACCAGAAGAGGAGGAGCAAUGAGAUGUCAUUGGAAUCUACAGUGAUGGUAUCUUUUUCUUCUACUUAAUCUAUUUCUCUGUCACUUUCUUUCUCUCUCUUCCCCUCUCACUUUCCCCUAUCUCUCUAUCAUUCCGUGAAACCCUCAAAUAUUGUUAAACUAAAUCCAUACUAUUGAUUUCAGCAAUUUUUCGGCAAUUACGUAUUCUGGACAUAGAAACUGUCAAACACAAUUUUUUAGAUGAACACAGUGAAUUAAAAUGCUAGAAAGGGAAAUGUCAUUAAAAAGGUUUCUACUAAAGAGUAACACUAGUGUGAAAUCUAUUUUACUGGAAACUAUGGAUGGACAAGAAGAGUAAAGAAAGAGGUACAAGGGGAAGGAAAGAGAAAACAAAAAGAUCUUGAGAUAGAAAAAAAUGAUUGAAAAGCAAGAAGGUGAGAGAAAUUUGCCAAAGAUACCAAGCGUCUAGUCUAUUUUACUGGUAUUUUUGCCACCUCGCCACAUCUGCAUUGAGAGGUUGUACUGGGAUGAAAGAGAAGAAAGUUCUUAUUUCUUUGAAUAGAUGCAGAUGUGUAUCAGAUAACUCUGACUAAAUUAAAUAAUGACAAGGCUGCAGUAGGUGAACUUUGAAAGUUUUUUUCAAAAGACCUUGUAUUAUUUUGAUAUUUUUAAUAAUUUGGUAUUUGGUAACUUUGGUAUUCUUCUCAGAAAGCCAUUUCUAAAUUGCUAUCUAAAAAUAAGAGUUGGUAUCCUUUUUAAUUCUUACCCUACCUUAGUGUCACGAUUAAAGUAGGUUUUGUAUUUUAUUCCCUUUUUAUUCCAACACUGUUUUGGAUAAACUUUUCCUUUAAGAGUGACACCUUUGCCACAGCUGGGUGGGGCAGGGGGAUGGAGCAUGCCAUGGUAGUCCUGGCUGCCUGGGCGGAACCAGAACUCUCACCACCUCAGAGCCAUCUUUCUUCCCCAGUGCGGGAGAAAUAAAAGGAAGCAGGCACAUAAGCCCUACCAGCCAUGUGGCUCCAUACAUGAGUGGAGAAACAGUACGGAGCUGAGCCCAGCCAAGCUGUGCAGAGCCCAAACCCUUGCAGAGCUGUGUAGAGUGCAGCCCAGUGGAGCAGGAGAUCAGCAUUUCUUCGGAAUCUUCUUUGCCACAAUACUUUUUCUUUGUUCUCCUAGAGAGGGCGGGGCUGAUGAAGAGAGCAUGUGUUGGUCACCAUUUUUGUAUGUGUACAAAAGGGGGAGGAGACUGGAAGUACUCUCUGUUGUUUACCAUUUUGGUUUUGUGUUGUUGCUUCUUUAUUUCUUGUCAGUAAACUUAUUUUUUCACCUGUAA